UUUAUACUAAUUUCAGUAAUUAUAUUUUGACUCAAUAAUGUCGGGGUAUAAUAAUUAUGAAAAUUGGCCGCAAGAAUCAACUUCAAAUACAGACGAAGAAGAAUUGUCGUCUCCUGAAAUUGAACAGGAUGAUAGUGACGACGAUUCUGCAACUUCAACAUCUAGCACGAGUACAUCUGCAUCCAGUAGUAGUGGUAGUAGUCAGUCAGGCUUUGAUUCUGAAAGUACUAGUACUGCUGAUGAAGACGAAACUAUAUCACUCAAAACUGAAACUGUAGUGGCUAAUAAAACUGAGCUUAGUUUACCUGUUGGAAUGUGCGAAGAUGAAGAAGUUUUCAAACAACUUUUUUCUGUCAACUCUUGGGUAUGCUUAAGUGACCAACAAAAGCAACAUUUAAAGAAUUUUCUUCCAACUUUUCCUGAAAAUGAUUUAAUGGAAAAAGAAAUCACUUUAAGAAUGCUUUUUGGUGGUCAAAGUUUUCGAUUUGGAGUUAAUCCAAUUGAUGAUUUUCAUGACAAAUUAAAAAAUGGACAUUAUCGUCCUGAUAUUGUUAAAAUGAAAUCUUUGUUAAGACGUACUCUCAAAAAAGAAUAUAGAAAAAAUCAACGUAUUCACAGUUUUAAUACAUUAAAAAAAUUACUCUCUGGACGUACAAAGAUUAUUGAUAUUCUUAAUGGGGUUUCAACUACAUCCACGAUAAAUACUGGGGGUAGUAAUAGUUAUACUAUGCAUCAGCAAGUAAGAAGAAGAUAUUUUCGUGAGCUUUCUGAUAUUAAACAUCGAGUAGGAGAUGAUUCUGAUAAUAGUUCAGAUAGCAAUUAUCAAGAAGGACCACCUGCUCGUCUGAGUAAAAAACAACGGCGUAAUUUAGCUGUUUUACAAAAUUCUCUUUCACCGGAAGUAGAAACUAUCACUUCUACUUUAGCAACAUUUCUUGAAGGAAUAGAUUUGUCUAAAAUUGCUUUGCCUAUGAGUAAUCCUUUUGAUCCAACUGAAGAUAUGUAUAGAGAAAUGUUGUUAUCUCAUAAGAGAAAACAGAAGAAAAUUGAACAAGAAAAAGAACAAAUAAGACUUGACCUAAUGAAAGAACAGAUAAAACCAGCUGUUUCAUUGGGAAAUGAGAAAAAGAGGUCAGCAACUAGCGAUCGGUCUCGAGUGAAACGAACAAAGGUUAUUAAACAAUCAGCACAAUCAUCUUCAUCUUCAUCUUCACAAUUAGAUGUAAAACUUCCUGUGCAGUUGGAUGGAUUUGAUAAUAUUACAGUAAAACAAGAACCAGUUGAAUCAGAACCAAUUAGUAUUCCAUUGAUUAAAAAAGAGGUAUAUCAUGAGCCAUCUCCACCUAUAUCAACAUCACCACCACCAUCAAUACCACCACCACCACCACCACCAAUAUCACCAUCAUUACCAUCACCACCACCUUCAACACCUAUACUUGAUUUGAUUCAAGAAGAAUCAAUUAAAACCAAUUUAGAUGCCAUAAAAUUAGAACCAAAAUUAAUUAUUACUGAUAUUGUUAAGACGGAAGAAGAAAUAGUACAACAGAGGCAAAUUAAAGUUGAACCUAUCAGUUUAACGGCUGAUGAAAUACGUAAGGCAGAAGAAGGUCAGGCUGCUGUAGCGAUGUUGUUAGAGAUAAUGAGUGAUGUGGAAGAGAAGUAUAAUAAUUCGCCAUAA